AUGAUCCACAUAAUAAAUUGGUAUAAACCACGAUGGCGUUUAUUAAUAGUUUUAUUAACACCAUUGGUUCUUCUUCCAAUACCACUUGUUCGUAAAUCAUCUCAAGCACGAUGUGGUUAUAUUGUACUUAUUUUAACUAUCUAUUGGGUUUUCGAAGCAAUACCAUUAGCUCUUUUUUCAAUGUGUUUAAUGUGGAUUAGUAAUUCAGCAGCAACAUCAAUUAUGUUACCGGUUGCAUUAGCAAUAACUAAUGAACUUGAAAGUCAUACUAAAGGAUAUCAUGAAAAGAAAAAUGGUGCUAAAGAAGCUACAGCUGUAGUAAAUGGUUUCCUUCUAGCUGUUGUAUAUUCAGCAACAAUUGGUGGUUUAUCAAGGUUACUUGGUACAGCACCAAACAUUUUUGUUAAAGGUUUUACUGAUAAGUUAUUAUAA